AUGGCCGCGGCUAUCGCCAGCUCGUUGAUUCGCCAGAAGCGUCAGGCUAGGGAAUCGAACAGCGAUCGGGUUUCGGCCUCCAAGCGCCGCUCCAGCCCCAGCAAGGAUGGGCGCUCCCUGUGCGAGAGGCAUGUCCUCGGGGUGUUCAGCAAGGUGCGUUUCUGCAGUGGCCGGAAGAGGCCCGUGAGGCGGAGACCAGAACCCCAGCUGAAAGGAAUUGUGACAAGGUUAUUCAGCCAGCAGGGAUAUUUCCUGCAGAUGCACCCAGAUGGAGCCAUCGAUGGCACCAAGGACGAGAACAGUGACUACACCCUUUUCAACCUAAUCCCUGUGGGACUCCGGGUUGUGGCAAUCCAGGGAGUGAAAGCCAGCCUCUAUGUUGCAAUGAAUGGAGAAGGGUAUCUCUACAGCUCCGAUGUUUUCACACCUGAGUGCAAAUUUAAGGAAUCUGUCUUUGAAAACUACUACGUCAUUUAUUCUUCUACACUUUAUCGUCAGCAGGAAUCAGGGCGAGCUUGGUUUCUGGGACUCAAUAAAGAAGGUCAAAUUAUGAAAGGAAAUAGAGUGAAAAAAACCAAACCCUCAUCACACUUUGUCCCUAAACCCAUUGAAGUGUGCAUGUACAGAGAGCCGUCACUGCAUGAAAUUGGAGAAAAGCAAGGACGUUCCAGGAAAAGUUCCGGGACACCUACGAUGAAUGGAGGGAAAGUGGUGAAUCAGGAUUCCACAUAGCUGAGAAUGCUUUCCUUCUGUGCACACUCCUCCCCUUCCUCCCUCCCUCCUCCCCGGCACCCCAUCCCUUCCCAGUACCCAUGGAGACAACAAUACACUGACCAGGCAGGACUUAGGGGCUAGGAUUUGGAAUGCAAAAUCUGUGCUUGGGGAAGAUGAUCAAAUUCAACCUCAAUCUUGCCUGUUGCAAUGUUGUAGAAACAUGAACACACACACACACACACAC